CAGAGAGACUCCUUCAUCUCGCUCUUCAGCCUGUUGCCUCCACACAAGCCGACAUCAUCAUGGGCCCGACGGGGAUUUGCUGCAUCGCUUCUGUACUACUGAUUGCUUCUGCUGCAGGUGAAAGACACGAGUCUCCACCAGCUCUAACCUGCGACGUUGCAAAACAACCCAACGGGUUAAUCAACUACGAACUUUCCCGAAUGCCCAGUUCACCCAGCUGUAGGCCGAACUGGGAAACAGUGAACAAGACUGUGAUCGUCAGUGAGGCGUUUACAUUUGAUCAACAGCUUGUGCAGAAUGUGACCAAACAGUCCGUCUUCCUCAAAGAGUGCCACGGCUACCUGCACUACAGGGAGAACUGUGAAGGGGUCUUUAAGGAAGCCCAUUGCAGAGUGAACUGCAGCCGUCUUUUGGACAGUGGCGUUCAUCCAACCACCUUGAACUCCACCUCAGUGAACUCCACCUCUGGGAACUCCACCUCAGUGAACUCCACAUUGGCCUGCUUCUUUGGGAGUUGGUGUCCAGAACAGUGGCUAACCAUUGUUCUUGCUGUCCUUGCUGUCCUUGUUAUUCUUAUUGCCAGUGUCUUCGUGGUUCCGUACCUCUGCAAACUCUUCAAAUGCAUUAGAAGAAAAUCUGCAGCCACGACAGCUUCAUGCACUCCUGCAAAUGAGCAGAUUAAAGUGGAGCUUGUGACCUUAGUCGUGAAAAGUGUGACAACAGACCCGCCCUCCCCUACCUGGCACAGUUGGCACAGUUGGCACAAAGGAAAAGUGGUUAAAGCGUUGGAGGCGAAUGCUCUCCUUCCUCCUUCCUCCUUCCUCCUUCCUCCACUCGCUCUUAAAGCAUCACCGGACGCGCCGCUCUCCGAGAUGCCUUUCAGAUGCCUUCGUUCCUCUGACCCGAACAUCAGAAACGUAGUGCGGUUGUACGAUGCCAGUGAUGAUACAGGUGACCUUUAUUUUAGAAGCGAUGGGGCCACACCUCCACUCUGCUCCUCCACCUCCCCUCCGCCACCCUCCACCUGUGUGGUGUGUUUCGACCAGUUCGUCCACGCCGUUUGCGCCGACCUGCUGGAGGAUGUGAAGCUGGUGAUGGAGGGAAACGUUAGUCCGAUAGACCUUAUACAGAGCGGUAAGAGCUGA